AUGUCCGACGGCGAGCAAGAAGCCCCCGGCGGCAGAGGAAGAGGCCGAGGCCGGCGAGGCCGGCGUGGCGGCGACGGUGACGGCGGCGGCGGCCAACGAUACAGGAUUCCUAGGCUUAUCGAUCCUUGUUCGAUGAGACCACCACCUGCGAAGAUCGAUACAGCACCGAUGGAACCAGAACUUCUUUGGGGGCAUGGUCACCAUCGAAUCGACGCUGUUUGGGCAAAUGAGGCUGGUGAUCGACCAUUCCACAUUCGUCAUACUGGAAAUUUAGUCCGAUACAGUCCACUGUACCUGCCGUAUCUCGUUGAUGCCGGCCUGUCUAGUGUUCUGCCACUAGCUCCUCUUACCGGUGAUCCGGGUUUGAUUACUGCGCUCGUAGAGCGUUGGCGACCCGAGACAUCGACAUUUCACAUGUCGUUCGGUGAGGUGACGAUCACCCUAGAGGAUGUUGCGACACUCACCGGAUUAGCGAUCGAUGGUGAUGCCGUCGUAGUAGACAUACCCGACGAGGACUGGUCGGGUAUGUGUCUUCGACUGUUAGGACAGGCUCCUACUGAUCUUGGUGGCGGCGUCAUCCGGAUUUCUUGGCUGCGGGAGACUUUCGAUGAGCUGCCGCUUUCUGCAUCACCCCAGACGAUAGAGCAGUUUGCAAGAGCGUAUGCGCUGUCUCUGAUGGGAGGUGUCUUGUUCUCCGAUCGGUCUGGAGGUUCAGUCCACCUGCAGUACCUACUUUUGGUGGAGGAUUGGCACAGAGCGGGGAGGUUUGCUUGGGGAGCAGCUGUGUUGUCAUACUUGUACCGUGAGAUGGGUAGAUCGCCGCUGCAGAUGACGGCAUCUUCUUCACUGGGUGGUGACUUUGGUGGAUGGGCCGCCUUGCUGAUGAUCUGGACGUGGGAGCGGUUUCCUCAUACAUCACCACUACAUGCGGUGACGGGUGAGCAGAUUACUCAGGACGCAGUGCCACGUGGCCUUCGGUGGCUUCCGGCCCACACCCGUCAGCAUGGAGAUCAGUUCUACUUGUACAAGUUGUGGUUUGACGAGUGCACGACAUUCGUGUGGCGUCCGUACUAUCAUAGAGAUGUGGCAUCAUCCAGAUUGCGUGCUCGGACAGUUUGGGAUGAGACAGGAUCGGCCUCAUCCUCCACAUUCCGCGGCUGA